AUGCAAUUGCAUACCCUACCAGUCGACAACACCGAGUCGCCAUACCGAGAGCUCUACAGGACCGCAAAGGACUGUCUCUCUUAUGUCGAGGGCAGCAACAUAUUCUCCAUAAGGCUGUUACAAGCCGCUCUAUUGAUCGCCUUAUACGAGGUAUCGAAUGCAAUGUAUCCAGCAGCGUACCUCAGCGUAGGACAUUGCGCAAGAUUAGGGCAUGCUAUGGGCAUCCACGAUAGAAGACGGGCGCCGCAGAUGCUCUCUUCACCUAGUAAGUUCUCUCCUGCUGGGGAGGCCAUCGGUCUUGGUCCUGACCAAGACUCAGAAACAGCCACCGAGUUAGAAGAGAGACGGAGGGUAUGGUGGGCUGUAAUUAUACUAGACAGAUAUGUCAAUCUCGGCAGCAAAAACCGCCCAUUCGCCUGCGAGGAUGCCCGUCCAGAUGAAUAUCUGCCUGCAGAUGACAAACACUGGGAUCAAGGGGUAUCAUUCUCAGCCCGAGCACUCAGUAGGAAAAAUGCUCACUUGGAGGCGCCUCCUUUCGCCAGAACCUGCCAAGCCGCACAUCUGCUAUCUCGUGUCCUGCGUAAUUUGAACGAUAGCGAUACCGAUGCCGAGUUUCGAUUUCAAGAGGCAAUCCAACUUCAUCGCACUACACAAGCAUUAUAUUCCACCGCCUUGCACGAAUCCGAAGAACUGGUUGAGAGAAUGUCGGAUCUUACAGCUCAUCUACCAUUCAGCGCGGCCAUGGGUCUAUGCCUUAGUGCUCUACUCACCCUUUACGAUAAGUAUUCCUGCACCGAAAACAGUGAAGUUGACCAAAUGGGAAGCCCAAACCUCCUAGAGAUGCAGAAAAUAGCUAUUUCGGGUUUAAAAGAACUGUCCAGUGCAGUGUUUCAGCUUUCAAGACGCAUUCGAGCAGCUGCAGAGUUGGGAGGAAUGCUGAAAACAAGCCCCCUGAUAUGUGAUUGUCUCUAUCAAGCGGCGGCAAACUACCUCUGGUAUAUUCUCGAAACCGGCAAUGAAGAGUGUCGGUCCAUGGUUGUGGGAAUUAAGGACGUCCUCCAGAUGCUAGGCACAAGAUGGAAAUCCCCAAUAGAGUAUAUCCGGAUUCUUGAUAGUUAUGAGAUGUCACAGGGAUUGGCAAUGUAA